GGCGACCUCAUCGAGCAGGCAAAACUUUUUUUUUUUUUUUUUCUGUUGAUCUCCUGCCAUCUGUGAUUUGACAGAAUGAUUAAAUCAAUUAUCGAGGUGUAAUAUGUGCUAUGAUGAUGUGGAUGUGUGUGCGCAGUUCUCCACCACCAUCUCAAGGAUCCCGUUGAAACAAGUGGCAAGUGCUCCAGCUUCACCAGCACACGAGGUAUGGCGGUCCGGUAGGGUUGCGGUUGCUGGGGGGGGAUGGAGUGACCUGGGAGCCCGUUCUCAUUGUUCGUCUUCAUCGUCUUUGGCUCCACCAUUGUCGCAGCACUCUUGCUCUGCAAACGGUGGGAAUUUCGAUGGCGGGAAUCCGUUCCGGGCAUUUGGAGGUUCCCGCCCGAUGGCCAAGCAUCCAGAAAGGCUGGACAUUCCACCUCGUUUUCUCCCACCGAAAAGCGCUUCUAUGAAUGGACCGCCGCCGACCUAUCAGAGCAGCAGCAGAUUUAAUUAUAAUACAACAACUAAUAAUGACAACAAUCAUAAUAAUACCCUUGGUGGUGGUGGUGGUGGACCACCCGCCCGUUCCCAAAGCAGCAGCAGCCCCUCUAUGGGGGUGGGCGCUGCUGGAGAUCUACUGCAAAGAAGCAACAGUGGAGGGGCUGGUCUGCAAUUUGUCCAUCUCCGACCUGGAGAUGGUUGGGAUCUGGCUGCCCACCAAGCAGGGGGUUAUCAGGGCUCCAGUGGGAGGCGAAGCCCUCUCCUACGGAGCGGGGGUGCUGCCGAAAGCCCCUUAAUUAUUCCUGGGUUGGGUGCACGAGGGCCUGACGAUUUUGUGGGGGUGGGGGUGGUGGACCCCACCAUCUUCUGCGGGACUUCUCGAUACAAUGAGACUAUCCCUCCACAACUGUCACCAACUCCGCCCCCCCGCCCCCCACCGUCGUCGCCACCGCCGCCAUUGUCCCCACGAAGUAAUGGGGAGACGACAUCUGGCAGUCAACAGGGAGGUGGUUUUGGGAGCGGUGAUGUACUCUGCAGCCCGCGUGCUGGCAGGAUGACAGGUGGCCAAGCUGGAUCUCGUGGAGAUACGUUGAGCAGUCCCCUGCACAGUCCUCCUCGUAUGCAGGCUCCUUUGCUGCACCAAGAAGUUGCCGCCAUAGCCAGAGUGAUCCCCACAGACGGUCGCCACCAGGGUGGCCAGGAAGACCCAGGAUCCGUCAGGUCCCAGCAAUCGACAGAGGCAGGGCCCCGUAUGAUCACCAGAUUAAGAUCUGCGCUGAACGCUGAACGGACAGCACGAGUGAUUGAGAGACAACGGAUAAUGGAACUCGAAGGAAAGGUGUGUGCUUGUUGUCCUCUGGGAGCUAACGUCCUGUUGGUGUAGGUAGUCCUAUACAACAAAUCAAUCUGUAAUUGCCGA